UGUUAGAAUACAUAUAGUAUUGUUAAAUUGAUUUUGGGGGAUAUCAUUGAUUCCCUCUAUGUGACGAGCUUCCACAAGACGUGACGAUAACAAAGGCUGCAUUAAAAACUACCCAUGAUAGCUGCGGGAUCAUAAAUAUUAGUAAUCUUAUUGCUGGCAUGGGUGGUAUAAAAGCCAAAUCUGGGUCUUUGGGCGCCACACUCUUGUCCAGUUCUCCAAGUUCUCCAGUUCUCCCAAUGUCGUUCAAGGCCGUCCAUGUUUUGCUGGCCAUCGGCGUCGUCAUCGUGGCUGGCGUGCCCACUCCCGUCGAGAUCGAGGGGGAGUCCUCGCUGGUGCUGCGCCUGCUCAGCUCUCCGGUCAUGCGAUCGGAUGUGUUCAACAUCGAUUGCGUGGAAUACUACAGCCCGCUCCUCAAGAGCCACGUGGACAAGUACAACGAUGACUUUGCCGCGUGCAAGGCCUCCUACAACGGUUCCCUCGCCCUGAUCGACUCCAGUUUCCGAAGUGCCCGCGACGAGCUGGCCGGAUCCGUGAAAGACACCUGCGUUUCCCUGAUGACCUGCGAUGGCCAGAACUCGAACUCCGAAGCCUUCGGCUGCCUGGCCUCUGGGGGACCUUCGGCAUCCAAGCAACUGGAGCAAGCUUCCUACAAGGCAUCUGAUAACCAAACCAGCCUGCUCACCCAAGUGUCCGAAAUCAAGGAAACGGAAACCAGAUGCCAAAUAGAAGCCUACCGAACCUAUAACACCAACCAUGGUGAGUGCUACGACGACAUGAUCGCCUGCCUAGGUGAUCCCAACUGGGAGUUUCCCAGCACGAACUACGUGCUCUAGGACUCGACUCAAGAUUCAGAUUCCCCCGAGCACCCUGUAUAUGCGAUCUAUGAUCGCUGUAAAUAAAAGACUUUGAGUGAAUAUCAAUAA